CCAGCAGAUCUCAGACCAAAGUAGACGGAAGUGAGAACCUCAGUUACACGUUAUAUCGCCUUGGAAAUACACUCGCAAGAACAGCCAUCUCGUUUUAAGCGAGUGACAGGGAGUAAAUAAAAGGCGUUUGUCAAGCAAACGGAAAGUACAACGGGGGAAUCUCCUACCCCCCCCCCCCCUUUCCGUCCCCUCCUUCAGUCUUUCCCAGUCGCAGACGGGUGGAUUUUCUUUUAAAGGAGGACUGACAUGAACUCAGUGUGGGGAUGGCAUCCGUUAAGAGCAAGACGAGUGCUGGGGCUGAACCCGAGGAGGAGAAUGGAGAUUUGGACCAAUCCUUGCAUCAGAUGCUCAAAGCUAUACUGGACGAGAAACACAGGCUGAGCAUCAGACGUGAGUUCAGUGCAUUAGGGAGUUUUAAGGAUGACCGGAUAGUGUUCUGGACCUGGAUGUUCUCCACCUAUUUCAUGGAGAGAUGGGCCCCCCGACAGGACGACAUGCUCUUCUACGUGCGGAGAAAGCUCUCCUACAUCAGCGAAGAUGAUACAGAGGACAAAAAGGUUGAAGUUGAGGUUUAUCGGAGGGAUUCCAAAAAGCUCCCUGGACUGGGAGACCCAGACAUCGAUUGGGAGGAGAGCGUCUACCUGAACCUCAUUCUGCAGAAGCUUGACUAUGUUGUCACUUGUGCAGUGUGCACGAGGUCGGACGGAGGGGACAUCCAUAUUCACAAAAAGAAGUCACAGCAAGUGUUCGCUUCGCCUAGUAAGAACCCCAUGGACAGCAAGGGCGAGGAGUCCAAAAUGAGCUACCCAAACAUAUUCUUCAUGAUCGACAGCUUUGAGGAGGUGUUUGGGGACAUGACUGUGGGAGAGGGGGAGAUGGUCUGUGUGGAGCUGGUGGCCAGUGACAAGAACAAUACCUUCCAGGGGGUCAUAUUCCAGGGGUCCAUCCGAUACGAAGCUCUCAAGAAGGUCUAUGACAACCGGGUUAGCGUAGCAGCGAAAAUGGCUCAGCGGAUGUCCUUCGGGUUUUACAAGUACAACAACAUGGAGUUUGUACGCAUGAAGGGGCCCCAGGGGAAGGGCCACGCGGAGAUGGCAGUGAGUCGAGUGCCAACCGGCGACACAUCUCCCUAUGGCACUGAGGAGGACUCGGACUCUCCUGUACACGAGCGGGUGACUUCCUUCAGUACCCCUCCCACUCCAGAGAGGAACAACCGUCCGUCCUUCUUCUCUCCGUCCCUGAGACGCAAGAUUCCCCGCAACAGGAUUGCCGAGAUGAAGAAAUCCCACUCUGCCAAUGACAGCGAGGAGUUCUUCAGAGAAAACGAAGACAGCGGAGCUCUUCACAACGCCACUAACCUGCGGUCGCGCUCUCUGUCAGGCACGGGCCGCUCUCUGGUGGGCUCCUGGCUGAAGCUCAACAGGACGGAGGAGUACUUCCUGCUCUAUGCACACCUUACUUACGUCACGCUGCCGCUGCAUCGCAUCACAGCAGAGGUGAAUUGAGCGCCCUGGAGCUGUCGCUAUCAAACCAGCAAUCACCCCAGAGCACUUCAUUGCACAAACACCACGACUUGCACCACGGUCCCUGGAACGAAGCAUGCACUACUUCGUGCACGGAGGACGCGGGACCGACCAUCGGACUAUUGUUUUUUAAUUAUUAUUUUUGGGUCUGCAAGCCCGCCAUGUACCCCCCAGUACCAUUGCUGGUAAAGGGCUGGAUUCUUUUUGUUAUUUAUUAUUAAAAUACAAAGACUGUUUUUGGGAGAAAUACCGCGUGGACCUUUUUUUUUUUAUUAACUGCACCACUUACACCUGACGACACCCUGUGACUAUUCUCCCUCUGUCACUUUCUCCAUGAUUUUGAACGCACUGACCGUGACUGCUCUGUGAUUUAUGUCACAAUUUUCUGUGACAAACUCCUAGCCCUAACAAUGAACUACAAUCCAAGAUUGAUUUUCAUAUGUGUUUUUUUCAGUUGGAUGUCAAUUACACUCCCUUGGGAUUUUUUUUACUUUGAACAGCAAAAAAGCUCCUGAAGUCUUCACACUCUAUAUUCCUCGUAUUCGUUUCUCUUCUUACCUGACAUUUUUAUUAAAUAUUGCUGAAGUCAACAACAGCACCGUAAUGCAAGAUUGUCUUUGUUGUUAUUUUUACCGCAACUACAGGAUAAGUACAUACUGCUUGUUUUUGAAGGACCACUUUGCUCUUUGAAACAUAGUUCAAUGGUUUGUCGCACAGCACACACCAAGCCUGGCCACGUUGGUCUGUUUACUGCAACCAUUUUCGGUUGCAGUAAAAAUCAUCUUUUUGGUUAAAAUCAUCUUUCUUUUAACGAUUCCCAUCUCCAUGUGUUCUUUAUUUCCUUGUCAAUCUUUUUCAUACAUUUCCCUGGACAGACAAACGUUUUCAUGAUGACCAGAUGACAUGAAACCACUUGUGUGUCAAACAUCCAAGGGUUUAAUUCUAGUGUGCGCAAAAAUACCCUUCCCUAUUUCACAUGACUACACCGCCCAAGACCAAUGAAGAAAGCAACGCAACAAUGACUACCGAUAUUUCAGUACAGAAAUCUCACCAGGACAGGAAUCGUCCAUGACUUGACACCCAUGGAAGUGUUUAGGAAGAUCUGCAAUAGUGCGCCAGAAACGAGAACAUUUACGGCCAAAUUUGACGAUUUGAAGCAAAUGGAGAUAAAAACCGCGGGUACUGUACACUUUACUCACACUCAAAAACACAUUUCGAUACCUUUAUUUUAUUAAUAUAAAGAAAAAAUGGAAUAAAACAAUUGUAAAAACUUUUACAAAAAUAGUCAAACAAAAACUAUACAGCUGUACCAUACAUACAAAUCCAGAUCUCUCUGCGUCGUGCAGUUUUUCUUUUUUUUCUUCUUUUUUUUUUAGCACCAAACAAAAAACAACUACUAUACUUAAACAGACUACCUUUGGCAAAUAAUUUUUAAAACCUUUUUCCCCCCUUGCAACAUAACUAAUUGAACUUCAGCAAGUCGAAAUAAUCAGUAAGAUUUGUGGAUUAUAAAGAAAUUCCUAAAUAUAUUUAUAAAAUAUAGCGAUACAAGAUACAGCUGUACCGCUGGUCUU